CAUCCACACUGACCCUGCUGAGACCUGGACACGACCACAGGACUUUACCAUGGAGAAAGACGCAAGACCCAACUGGGACAACCCCCUGCAGUUCCUGCUGGCCUGUGUGUCUUACGCAGUGGGACUGGGAAACGUGUGGCGGUUUCCAUACCUGUGCCAAAUGCACGGUGGAGGGGGGUUCCUGAUUCCAUAUCUUAUCAUGCUGAUUCUGGAGGGCGUGCCCUUAUUCUGCUUAGAGCUCGCCAUCGGUCAGAAGAUGCGUCUUGGAAGCAUCGGGGCGUGGACUGCCAUCAACCCUUAUUUGGGCGGAGUGGGUCUUGCUAGUGUUGUGACAUCCACGUAUCUGUGUCUCUAUUACAACAUCAUCAAUGCCUGGAGUUUCUGGUACCUCUUUAAUUCAUUCCAAUCAGUCCUGCCCUGGGGAGACUGUCCCAUCAAUGCCAACGGAACAGGAUACGUAGAGGAGUGUGAGAAGGCCACACCCACCCAGUACUUCUUCUACAGGGAAACACUGAAUAUUUCUUCUUCUAUUGAAGUGAAUGGAGGCAUUCAGACAAGCCAGGCAUUGUUACUUCUGCUCGCCUGGGUGAUUUCUUACCUGUUUAUAAUCCGAGGAAUAAAGUCAACUGGAAAGGUGGUGUACUUCACAGCCACAUUUCCAUAUGUGGUCCUUUUUAUCUACCUGAUCUGGGGCUUCACGCUCCACGGUGCCGUAAAUGGGGUCAAAUACAUGUUCACACCCAAGAUGGAACAGCUUGCCAACCCUACCACGUGGAUCAAUGCGGCCACUCAGAUCUUUUUUUCUCUGGGUUUGGGUUUUGGGUCACUCAUAGCUUUCGCCAGCUACAACGAGUACAACAACAACUUUGAGCGCCAGGCCAUCAUGGUUUCCCUCAUCAACAGUGGAACGUCCGUCUUUGCCAGCAUUGUCACCUUUGCCAUCUAUGGGUUUAAGGCCACAUUCAACUAUGAGAACUGUCUGGAGAGGACACGCUUGCUGUUGCUGAAUACCUUCGAUCUAGCAGAGGACACCAUCUCCUUGGACACUGUCUUUGAGUGGAUUGACAAGCUGAAUGCAACAUACCCGCAGGAGUUUGCUGAGAUCUCCAGCAAACUGGAAACGUGUGACCUGGAGAGUGAACUAGACGGUGCGGUAGAGGGGCCAGGUCUGGCCUUCAUCGUGUACAGCGAAGCUAUUAAAAACAUGCCUUUGCCUCAGCUGUGGUCUGUGCUGUAUUUCUCCAUGCUCCUGCUGUUGGGAAUGGGCAGCAUGCUGGGCAACAUCACUGCCAUCAUCACCCCGCUACGAGAUUUCAAGGCCACGUCCUGCAUAAGCAACGAGUUGUUUAACGGUUUAGUGUGUAUGUUCUGUUUCCUGCUCGGCCUGGGCUUUACUACCACAUCAGGAAGUUACUGGUUUACCAUGUUCAAUGAUUACGGAGCCACCUUCUCGCUGCUGUUCGUUGUCCUCAUUGAGGUCAUCACCAUUAGUUACAUCUAUGGAAGUAAAAGGUUUGAAAAAGACGUAGAGGAUAUGCUUGGUCAUCGGCCAAACUUGUACUGGAGAAUCAUGUGGAAAUUCGUCAGUCCCCUUCUCCUCAUUACAAUAUUCAUCUUCUACAUCGUCAGCUACAUCCGGGGAGGGACACCUACUUACCAAGCGUGGAACAAAGAGCUGGGUAAGUCCGAGGUAACAGAGUAUCCGGUCUUUGGUCAAGUCUUCAUCGGACUGCUGCUGCUGUCGUCGGUGAGCUGUGUUCCCCUCACAGCUCUCUACGUCUACUGCAGGAAGAGGAAACAUGGCCACCAUCCGAGGGAGCGGACCGUGAGCACAGUGUGUGAUUAGGGGCCGCACCAUCUCUGAACACAGCAGCAGAACACCAUCGAUAUGCUCACACAUGAGCGGACCGUGGCACACACAGUGCCCAUUUGUGUUUUCUUUCCUUUAUUUCUCGACUUUCACCACAGUUUGCAUUGCUGAGAGCAUUUUGGAUCUCCUCUCUCCCUGUCAGAGGACUUCUUUUAAGUUUGGAUUGUAAAAAUACCCCUUGGAAAUGGAAACAGAUCAACUGGAGGCAAAGGGCAAUAAACCCAGAAGAAGGCAUCAAAUAAAUCUGCUCCUUAAGAUAAAGAAAACUGGGUAUCUGGUAAAUGAGCUGUUUUUAUAUAGCACUUAACAGCCGCUCAAAGUGCAGUUUGAGUCACAUUCACAUAGACUGUGCCGGUCAGUUUUAAAAACUGGAAGAGAUUCCAGCUCAUCACAUUCCACAGAGCAGGAAGAAUUCCUCGCUCAGCCUCAGCUAGUCCACGGCGUAAUAGUGGAAUAUGUUUAUUAGUGUAGAUAGAGUUUGUUUGAUUCUUCAACAUUUAUGGCAAAUGUAGCUGUAUCAUAUGACACUAGUUUACUAAAUGGUUUUUAAUAUGACAGAUGAUUGUAUGUAGAUAAGUAUCUUGUUCCAUUGUGAUAUCUAGGGUUUGAGUACGGUAGAUAUUAGAUGUUUUAAAUCAUGUUUAACAGCUAACCUCAAAUAUGAAUGGUUCUUAUCAGUGGGAUCAAGCCAAACACGUUUUUUGUUGAAAUAUAAAACUCCACAAUGGGAUUUUAGUCCAGCGAGAGGAUUUCAGAGGCGGUUUGAAGCAUGAGAGAAGGAGAAGCUCAGUUCACACCACACUGACCUGUUUUGUUAUGUUAAAUAUUUUUGGAUAAGUAGUUUUAUAUCUAUAAUCUACCUAUAAAGGGCUGAUAUCUGCUUUCGUUUCCUCUCUUUAAGAGUAAAGCCGAGCACGUGUAUUAACCAGUAGAGCAACU